AAUGAUCCUUUUAUUCGUUUAAAAAUGACUGACUCAAGUAGUACCAACUAUUGUCUGACUAUAGCUGCUGAUCUUUGGUUUGGAAACUCAAACUUUGACAAAAAAUGGCCAUUUGGAUCAAUAUUUGGAUACAUUUUGGCCUUUUUUCUAUUCUAAUAAUUUUUCGGAAUCAUAUUGCUGUAUCCAGUUACAAGGAAGUGAAUCAGAAUGAUCUCGUGACGAGCCCAUCCUUUACAUUUGAAUACACACGUCUACAUUACAACACAAUGAAAAACAAAAAUGAAGAAAUAUUUCAUUAUAAAACUGUGAAUUUACGUUGUGGAACGAAGAAAUAAAUGUUGAAAUGUAGAAAUAGUCGUUUUGGUCAUAUUUGUGUGAAGUUCAAACAAAGGCUUCACGAUUAAAACCAAAGAUUCUUCAUUAAAGUAAGUCAGAGUAUUUACAGCAUUAUAUUCUAAAUAAAUUUCUUGUUUGAAAAUGGCUUCACCACCUCAAAAACUGAAGAUUGAAGCAAACGGAUUUCGCUUAAGUAAACUCUUGAUAAAUAAAGGAACACAAGCUUUGAAAAUAACAUUACAGUUUAAUAUAAAUUUUCGUUCGUCAAACCUAAGCGAUGAACUUAAUAAACCCUCAAAUAAAAGUACAUUGGAAUCAUUAAGAAAAAGAAGCGUCAUCAACAAAGAGCAAUGGAACCUUCUUUAUCCAUCAACUGGUUUGCCAAAUCUUGAAAACUUUGAUAUUUCAUUAAUGACUGUCUUAUUGCGUAACAUAUGUGGUCUAACAGCGCCAAAUGGUGGAUGGGAUAAUCUUCCUUUCUCUUCAGAUACUUCAAUCUCAGCAAAUAUUGCAAGAAUAAAGUUUUAUCGAAACAAAGUGUAUGGUCACAUUACUACAACUAGUGUAGAUGACAGUGAGUUUGAGUACUUGUGGCAGGAAAUUUCAAAAGCAUUGGUUGGUUUGGGUAUUCAACAAACUGAAAUAGAUGAAGCAAAGAAAGCUCCUCUCAGUCCUGAUGAGGCAAAUCAUAUUGAAAUAUUGAAAAACUGGUAUGCAGGAGCAGAUGUCAAGAAGCUUGGAAAGUGUAAUUUUAACGGUCUUAUAAAAGAUCUUAACAAAAAAUACCUUGAAGGCACUAGACAAUGGUUAUUUGAAGAACUCGACACUUGGUUUAACAAUAGAAGUGAAGAUGCUUCUAAUGUCAUGAUUUUAAUUGCCGGUCCUGGCGUUGGUAAAAGUGUGUUUGCUGCUGAGGUGUGUCGACAAUACUCUGCAAAGAAUAAACUUGCUGCUUGUCAUUUCUGCAGGUAUAAUCGAUCCGAUGAGAGGAAUCCUCGAAUGUUGAUAGAAUCAUUGGCUAGUAGCAUGUGUGAUACAAUAUCAAAUUUUAAAAGUAAACUUAGUGAAGAAUUACUGAGAAAUCAUUCCUACAAAUCAGUCGCUGAUGCAUUCCGUGUUUUAUUAAAUAAUCCAUUGCAUUUAUUGGAAGAUCACGAACCUAUGCUUUUGGUUAUUGAUGCCUUAGAUGAAAGCCAAGUUGAUGGCAAAAGUGAAUUGUUGGAAUUGAUUGCAGAAGAGUUUGACCGACUGCCUAAAUGGAUUAAAAUCUUCAUCACCAGUCGUCCAGAGCUUCCUGUUCAAAAGAAGUUGAAAGACAUGAAUCCUGUGGAAAUUACAACUCGUCCUCGUGAUAAAACAACGAAAAGACCUGCACAAGUAUUUGAAACAUCAGUUGAACAAUCGCGUGCAGAGAAAUCGCUACGUUCUUCAGUCAUUAGUUAAAAAAUGUGAGGGAUCAUUUCUUUAUGCCUAUUACGCCCAACUGAGCUUGAAUAAAGAAAAUAUUGAGCUUACUUACGAAAACAUUCAACAAUUGGUCCCAAGUGGGUUAAGCAGUGUUUACACAAAGCAAUUUGAAAGAGUAAAAGAUAUAACGAAA